CAAGACUCGGGGAACAUACCCUGAACGGCUGUGUCCCUUCCGCCCCCUCGUCCGUUGAACCGGUGUUUCCUGGCUACGCUCUCUACACCUCUACACCUCCAAAUUCGCUCUCCUGCUUUCUGGCCAACCUUCCACUCAUCCUUUCAAUUCCCUCUUCCUUGUAUUUCCGGACAUCGAAUUCUUCUCUGCAGAUUUUUUAAAUCGAAGUGAAACAAAUAAACUACAAAAUGGGAUACUGGAAUACCGAGAUCAAGAGUCUGUUCUUGUGCUCCCUCGUAGCGCUGCUGCCUCUCCCCCAACCUUCCUCGAGCUACGAGAUCGAAUGUCUCUCCGUUGAAUUUGACUGUAGCAACAUUACUUACACCUUAGGCCGUGUCUGCCUAAGACACAACAACUACAUCGACCCAGGACUCUCCCACGUUUACAGAGAGCGACGAUCUGCUGACAACUAUACCGUACAUUCUGCGAAGUCUCCUUCGCUCGUCCACCCAAGAGCUACACACUUGCCCAUGGCUGACGAAGAACCUCUGAAGGCAUUGAAGGUGGAGGUGGAGGAGGAGAUUCAGCACAUGACGCUGAGCCGGGAAGAAGCGAGCAAGAUGCUGUGGUCGAAACGUCGCUUCCGGAGGGACGGAGUGAGGAGAACUCCUAGGGAGGAGUGCUGCAGGAUCGAAAACGAACAACCCAGACUCUGCAACUUCGAGGAAGUGGCCGAAUAUUGCAUUGAACUGCGUCCCGGCGUCAACACCUGCGACAGCUCCAGGUAGGAGGUCUGAAGGAUCAUCCCGUCCAUGUCUUAUACUUGACAUGAGAUGUUUCAAGUCGAUUCACAGUCUUCGAGAUUGCAACAUGACUUUCGUGAUGUAGAAUGACCUACUAAAGCUGUCUUUUGUCUUUCCUCACAGUCAACUGAAAUAUUUUUUGCCUUACCCUUCCUUACCUUCAGCUAAAUUAAUCUUUUGUCUCAGUUUUAAAUUCAACAUUCGUCUGCCUUACCCUUAGUUCAGCCAAUGGCUCCUGUUCAUCUUACCAUUAACAUUCACAAAGGUUUGUGUUGUCUUACCCUCGGCUGAAACUUUCGAUCGUCCCACCUUCAUCUUCCAUUGAAUCUUUCUAUUGACUUCCCGCUACUUUCUUUAGUCACACUCUCUUCCAGCUAGGGAUUUGUUUUGUUUUUGACACUUUUUACCUUCAGCUAAAGGUUCCUUUUACCCUUGCAUGUAACUAAAGAUUCCUUUCGUCUCAGCCUUGCCUUCAGUUAAAGGUUCCUUUUGUUUCAGCCUUGCCUUCUGCUAAAGAUUCCUUUUAACUCAGCCUUGCAUCCGGCAAAUGGUUCCAUUUAUUUCAGCCUUGCCGUCAGCUAAAGGUUCCUCUUGUCUGAACCUUGCCUUCAGCUAAAGGUUCAUUUUACCCUUCCAAGCAGCUAAAGGUUCCUUCUGUCUGAACCUUGCCUUCAGCUAAAGGUUCAUUUUACCCUUCCAAGCAGCUAAAGGUUCCUUCUGUCUGAACCUUGCCUUCAGCUAAAGGUUCCUUUUACCCUUGCAUGCAGCUAAAGGUUCCUUUUGUUUGAACCUUGCCUUCAGCUAAACUCUCGUUUACCUUUAGCUAAAUUUUCUUCUGCUGGACCUUUGCCAAACGUUCUAGUGUUUUACCUUCACACGCAACAGCAUCUAGGCAUUUUCGAACAAUAAACAUCUUGCAUUAUUGGCGAUUCUUGUCAACGUUUCCGAAAAAUUGUUCGAUACAGCAGUUAUUCGUCAAAUAAAUGCUUUUGAGAUUA